UCUCGCUGUAGUUCUGUUGUUGUUAAGAUGGCGCAGUCCAUAGAAAUAUGUUUGUCAAAGAACCAGCUGAAAAAACACCUGACUUGCCCAGUCUGCAAGGACAUCUUUAAAGAUCCUUACCAGCUGCCUUGUGGCCACAGCCUCUGCAUGGAGUGCCUCAAGCGCAUGUUGGAGCGCCGACCUCCGGCGCACCGAUGGCAGCCUUUCUGUUGCCCCACAUGCAGGCAUGAUCAUGAUCUGCCCAUCGGUGUACGUAAGAGCUACACACUGCGCAGCAUCGUGGAAGACUACAACAACUACCACAAGGAUGAGAAGCAAAACCAAUGGGUACAGGCCACUCAGACCCUUGAAGUUAGCAGACCUGUUCAUUAUUUCAACUACAACAAUGUGUUGUAUAAUCUACUGCAAGGUGUCAUCUUCAUCUGUAUUCUUUACGUCUACGCAUGUUCAACGGAUAUCCACACACUCAGUGGAAAAGCCCAGAGACAGCAGACUUUACUAUCGAUGUAUAAACCUGACUUACCCGACCUCACCUUCAAUAAAGACACGGCCAACCCUUUCCUACAUGUGUCUGACGAUCUCCUCACGGUCCGACGGCUGAAGAACCCCCAAUACUACCCACCACACCCCUCACGAUUCACGGAGGAUCCCCAGGUCUUGUCCACCCAGUGUGCAUCACACGGCAGACACUACUGGGAGCUGGAGGCAGAGGGCUCCUGGGACAUUGCCGUGGCCUACAAGACAAUCACCAAAACAUUAAGUGCAUUUGGGACAAACAAGCAAUCUUGGAGUCUGAGGCAUGAUAGCAAAGGGCGCCUCUUUGCCUACCACGCUGGGGAAAGGCAGAGAAUCCACAAAUCCCUGACCCACAACAGAAUUGGGGUGGUAGUUGACUUCUUUGAAGGUGAAAUCCUUUUCAAAGAGAUGGGUACCACAUAUAACCACCUGUACACAUUCAAAGUCAACCUCAACCAGCCUGUGUGUCUUGGACUGGGAUUGUUUUGGCCAAGCCUCAACACCACAAUUUCUGUGAAGAAGACCUUUUCUGGAUGAAAUAAAACAACUAUUUCACCUGAUUCCGUAACAAUAAAGCUGUUGUUACUUUGCUAAUUUACCUCAUCUAAAUGAACCUUGACAAUGGUCAAAAUGACACGACAGAAAAUGCCUUCAAUUGUGUAGACAAGACAAGGCAAGAAAGACCAACCCUAUACCCUCUGUGUGGUUAAUCCAAGUGUUCUGUCUUUUAGUGUACAUUCACUUUCAUUUGUUGUAGAAAACGAACUGUCAUAAUGUCUUAAAUACUUUAAGAACAUUUUACUAUACAUAACUAAGCCA